UCCGGCCCGGUCGCCUCCGCCGUCGGCCGCCUCCACGGACCGACCAUUCAAGAAUGGCUGAUUCAGAGUUUGAAGAAUUCCGGCAUUACUUUGAAAGACUGCCUCAACAUCUCAAGGCGCCGAUAUCAAAUUACACACUGGUCCACGAUGUCAUGGUUGACGAUUCACCGACGUCCUCGCAGGGCAGCGACGGGGACGUCGGUCAGAACGGUGCUGCCGGCGACUCAGAGGACGAAGAGGUUGUCGCACUUAUUCAUCGUCACGGAAACCACAGUGAGCAGAGCUCGGGAGACGACGACGAAGAGCUAGACCACCACUGUUCCAUCGUAGCUGACAGCGACUUUAGCUUGUUCGGUGGACUGAGCAGUAGGAGGCGAUCGGUUUCCGGGGCUGGAGGAGGACAAGGGAGAUCGGAAGGUGGAGGCUGCGGCAGGGAGAGUGUAAUCAGUGACGUAGGUGACUCCUGCUCGAGUCUCAGUUCCUGGCCCACGCCGGAACACGUUCCGUCGAAUCGGAACGGAAGCGGGUGCACCGGAAGCGGCGAACGCAGGCGGAGACGACUUCCGGAGAUUCCAAAGACUAAAAAAUCCAUAUCGAUGUGCCAUUCGUCUCUUCACUCGUCUCCAUCGCUCGCCGACGAGCUGGGGACGGCAACGUCAACGGCGGGACGGCCGCACCUCGUUCUAAGGAAAUGUCAUCCUCGUCUCCGUCAUGAGGAUAGUUCCCCGGAUAGCGAGAGGAUGACGACGGACAGUGGUCACUCCACUGCUCAUUCCCCGGACAACGGGCCCAAGAGUGUGUCUCCAAUUCCAUGCAGCACCAUGCAGAACACGAACUCAGUCUCGCCGAGCAGCACGCCAGGUAGCGGUGGAGUUCCUUUCACGCAGCUGGAACUACUGGAGGCGACCCAUCGCGGAUUGCACAAGUUUGUGCCGCGACAUCACGACGAAAUUGACCUAGAGAUCGGGGACCCUAUAUACGUGCAGAAGGAGGCUGAUGAUCUGUGGUGCGAAGGUGUGAACCUGAGGACUGGCAGGCAAGGUAUUUUCCCUUCGGCGUAUGCGGUGGACAUGGACUACAGCGACUUCGAUCCAUCGGCUCCGAAGGUGAAACGGGAACGAUACCUAUUGGGGUACCUCGGGUCGGUGGAAACUCUUGCUCACAAAGGAACAGGCGUCGUCUGCCAAGCCGUUCGCAGAAUCGUCGGUGCCCCAAAUCAGGAAUCACCCGCGUCUCAGAGUUGCAUCCUAGAAGUGUCCGACCAGGGUUUGCGGAUGGUCGACCGGAGCAAACCGCAGAAAAAUCGAGGCCCUUGCCAUGACUAUUUCUACUCCCUGAAGAACGUCUCUUUUUGCGCUUUUCAUCCACGGGACCAUCGCUAUCUCGGAUUUAUAACGAAACACCCGACGCUCCAGAGGUUCGCCUGUCACGUAUUUAUUGGCCAAGAGUCGACAAGACCUGUUGCCGAAGCAGUUGGGAGAGCCUUUCACCGGUUCUACACGAAAUUCAUCGAGACUGCUUUUCCCAUAGAGGACAUCUACAUAGAGUAAUCAAUUGCUGAAAUAUAAGUUGCUGUUGACGCUGACGAUCUCAUUCCCUUGUAAAUACUACCCCUUAGCUGAUUUAGCCUUAUAUAUACGAAGUCUAAAUCAAAUGCCCAAUAUAAACAAUUAUGAUAAUAAAGAAUCAUUAUUCGCAUGAUAAAAGACUGCGACGUGUUCAGCCUUUGCAGAAAAUUUUUCGCGCCGGUUCGCCUAUACAAGAAAAUACGCAUGGUAACGUUAAUUUUCUUUCUGUAACGGCUGCACACCCUCAGCGAUUAAAUUAGUUUUUCAUGGUAUAUCGUUUUCGCACGACGAAUUGUAUUAUUUGAAGAAAUUAAAACCUUGGAGAAAAUUAGUUUUGAAUGUGGACUAAACUUCGCACAUUUAUACAUAGAUGUAAUAGAGUGACGAUUGGGCGUUCGAUUUUCACAAUUGAUGUACUGAUGGACCGUUGAGAACUCGCAAGGAGAGCCUUUCAAUCAAUUGCAAAUUCUUACCAGAGAUGAUAUUAAUUAUAAUAAGGAAAAACAGCCUUAACAUGACCACUGACGUGUGAACGCAAGUGAUAAGUUACACAUACUUAAAACACUGAUCCUUUCUGUCUUUUCAAUGAGCUGCAAAAUUUUUAAAACACUGAUUAUGAUUUCAUCUUAACAAUUAAGAUAAAGUAACUAUACUGUAUAAUUAUAUGUAUAAAACACCGAAUAAUCUCAACUUGGAAAUAAACUGACGAGGGGGAGACACGCACUCGGGAUGACUGAUUUCUUUGAAAUUUGAAAUGGCAAAAUCAGAUUGAAUCUCGCUAAAUCCAUAUUUUUUCCGAACGAUGCACAGUAGUUGC